ACAAUAAUGCUGACUAAAACGAAGUCAGAUAAUCUUUUUCUAAACAGAAACGUGUAGACUUAGUCAAACUUUGGCGCUACUGAGCUCGCUACAGAGGAGUAUUAUGAAAGACCCAACGUAGCAUAGACUAGUGCGAAGUGCAUCACAAAUCACUAAAAAAAAUCACAACACCCAAAACAAAAAAUUGGCAAAAAAAUGUUGGUAACACCGGUGCGCUAAAAAAGCUUGCAAACUUCACGCACCUAACCUGCGCUGGACAUCGACUCGUCCGUAUCUCUAAACUCUGGGAAAAUGUAUAUUGAUUUUUCAAAGAAAAGUCAACCGAUGUAACAAAACACCGUUCGCGAAGUGUUUAUACGUGUAUAAAAUCGCCGCGGUCGAUGUGCAGUGUCGUCGAAAUGGUGCGACGGUGUUUCACGUCGCGUUUUGAGUGAGAUCGGAGAGAGUGUUGCGUCGCUCGGCCGACGGCCCGGAGCCCGGCCGCGGCCAGGGCCUGGGCGCGCCAUGGACGCCGGCGCUGCUGACCCGCUGCGAGCGGCCAGGCCGUGAGUAUCCCGUGUGCACCCGCUUGUUGAGCGCGGCGCUCCGCCCGCGAUCUUACGUCGUGGAUUAUUUCGGUCCCCGUGAGCCCAUCCGAUGUUGCGAAACGUCCCGUCCGCGCUCGGUUCUCGUUCGGAGCGGACAUUCUCUCGUACGGCGUCACGGCCUCCGUCGCGUUGCGCCAUUUCGAAACGGUCGCAUCGUCCGCGCGAGCGUGAGCCUGCGAGGACACGGCGACGGAGCGCGGGCAGGGCGCCGAUAGCGAUCUGGCAGCGCGGCGCUCGAGCGUGACUGCCUCCUGGCAUAUGCCCCGGUUCUACUCGUGUGUAUGAAUGGCUGCUCGGACGGCCAGGUCAUAAAUCAGAAUCGUGUUUACAGUUUUUGCGGGCCGCACGAAACCUGUCGCGCUGCCCUUUGUCUCGGGGCGGCGCGAGAGGCGCGCGGCCUGUCCUCGGGCCGCCGUGGCGCUCACGAAACGCCCGAGGAGGAGGGCGAAGAGAAGCCGAAGCCGACAGAGAACCAGGACGACGGCUACGAGACAAGCAACAGCGGCGAGGCGGCGCGCCGCAAGCCCUCUAGCGCGGAGGGCUCGCCCGCGCCGCCCGCCGAACCCUCCCCGCCCCCCGACCCGCCCUACGAGCCCCUCCUGCGCCACUACCCGGAGCCCGAAGAACAGUACCGCCACUUCGAGCCUCCUGCGCCGCCGCCCCCCCAGCAAGCCCCGCAGCAAGAGUACCAGCACUUCCCAUUCCCGAAAUACAAUGACCCGUAUGCGUUCAAGCGAGAGUCAGACGCGCCAUACGACAUGAGCCAACAUCACCAUCAGCAGCAUUAUGGACCACCUAAAGAUAGGGAAGACUUGUACAACGGAAUCAAAAGAGAAUGCGACGACCCAUACUCGUUCGUGGAAGAGGAGGCGAUGUGCGCGAUGCUGGGGCAGCCCCAGCCGCACCACCAGAUGGGGCACCCCCACGAGCACCAGAUGCACCACCCCCACCAGCACCCGCACAUGAUGCACCCCCAGCAGAUCAUGCUGAACCAACCCAAGAAGAGGGGCAGGAAGAAGAAGAUCAAGGAUGAGAAUGGAAUGGAAAUCAAGGCCGAGCCAGGGAUGGAGGGCGCGCUGGUGCCGCGGCCCGUGAAGGAGCGCAAGAAGCACGACCGGUUCAACGGCAUGAGCGAGGAGGAGGUCUCGCGGCGGACGCUGCCCGACCACCUCGCGCAGAACCUCGACAUCAUCAUUAUCGGCAUCAACCCGGGGCUGUUCGCGGCCUAUAAGGGGCACCACUACGCGGGCCCUGGCAACCACUUCUGGAAGUGCCUGUAUCUCUCCGGACUCACCAGAGAACAGAUGUCAGCCGACGAGGACUACAAGUUGCUGAACUUCGGCAUUGGAUUUACGAAUAUGGUUCCACGGGCGACUAAAGGCUCAGCGGAUCUUACCAGACGCGAAAUCAAGGAAGGAUCCGCGAUACUGCUGGAGAAGCUGCAGACGUUCCGACCUAAGGUGGCCGUGUUCAACGGGAAGCUCAUCUACGAGGUGUUCUCCGGCAAGAAGGACUUCUGCUUCGGCAAGCAGCCCGACACCAUCGCCGGCACCAACACGUACAUGUGGGUGAUGCCGUCGUCCUCGGCGCGCUGUGCGCAGCUGCCGCGCGCCGCGGACAAGGUCCCGUUCUACGCGGCGCUCAAGAAGUUCCGGGACUUCCUCAACGGACUCGUGGCGCACGUGGACGAGGCUGAGCUCGUGUUCCCCGACAACACCAGCCGCCGCCCGCAGGAGGAGAUGGAGAUCCGGAGCCCCCGCAGGCUCACCAUGGAGCCGGAGCCCGGCGACACCAUCAUCCUGGAGGACGGCACGGAGGUCCCGCUGAAGAAGAAGCGCGGACGCCCCAAGAAGGUGAAGCUGGAGAACGGGGAGCUGGCGCCCGCCGCGCCGCGGGCUCCGCGUGCGCCGCGCCCGCCGCCUGCGCUCGACGCGCCGGCCGACCAGCCGCCCAAGAAGAAGAGGGGGCGCCCCAAGAAGAUCCGCCCGGAGGAACAACAGUUCCUGCUGCAGCAGCAGCAACAACAGCAGCAGCAGCAACAGGCGCAACAGCAGCAGCAACAGCAACAAGCGGCCAUGAUGCAGCCCCAACACAACAACCUGCCAAUACACGAGCAAUACCUGGCUCACUCGGGCUCCGAGUUCCCUCAGCAGCUGCACGAGCAGGGCUCCAUGCUGUACCAGCAGCAGCUGCCUACGCCGCACUACUUCCAGCACAAUACUGGUGGCAACGGCAUGGAGAGUAGCAUAGAGGGGGGGCUGGGCAUGUCGCGGGGCUACGGGUCGCCCGGGGCGGGGGCGGGGGCAGCGGCGGCCGGGGCGGGGUACGCGGCCUCCCCGCGCGUGUACCACUCGCCGCGCUCGCAGCCCUACAGCCCCGGGCCCGCCAGGCCCGCCACCACGCCGCAGCCGCAGCCGCAGUUCCCGUCGUCGCCGGCGGCGUUCAGCGCGCCGUCGCCGCCGCGCGCGGGCUACGGUUCGCCGGCGCGCGGCGCUCAGUUCGCCGCGCGCUCGCCGCUCUACUCGCACAGCCCGGCGCCGCAGCCGCGCUACACGCAGUCGCCGCAUCCGCCGCAUCCGCCACAUCCACACUACUCCCCCAUCACGGCGACGCGGCCGUACUCGCGGUCGCCGGCGCCGGCGGGCGGCGCCCCGGCCGCGUCCCCGGCCGCGCCGCUGCACAGCUACACGCCCUCGCCCGCGCACACGCCCUACAGCCAGCACUCCUCGCCCACGCCCACCUACGCAGACUCGCAUCACUACACGCAGCAAAGCGGCAGCACGGGCAGCGGGUCCGGGUCCGGCGCCGGGUCGACGUCCGGCGCCGGGUUCGCGGCCGAGCUGUCGUCCGACAUCGGCGCCGCGAUCUCGUCGCCGCCGCCGCCCUCGCCCGCGCUCGACUUCGAGCCACCCGUCACCGCGGCCCCGGACCCUGCCAGCCCUCUGGGCAGCGGCAACAGCAGCGACGGUCUGCCACACUACAACAAGUCGAACCCGGGCGGCGAGGAGUUGUCGCCCGCGGGCGCGCGGCUGGCGAGCGUGGGCGCGCCCGCCUUCGGCCUCUACGACCAGGAGCGCCUGCCCUACCACCACCUGCAGCCCAGCCCCUCCGAUAAGGACCACUACCACUACCAAGACCAGGCUCAAGGAAGUGGCGUGGCGGAGAGCCCGCGGUUAGACCAGCUACAUCAGCAUCCCUCCAUGUACCCUAGCAAUUUCACCAGGUCGAGCUCGCCGAGCUCUGAGCCGCGCGCGGAGGGCGAGGCUCCCUUCUCUCCGCUAGCCCCGCCCGCCUUCCGCCCGCCCGCGCCCCACACGCCGCACACGCCUCACACGCCCCACACGCCGCAUCCGCACUCGCCGCACGACUACACGCAGCACAAGACCAAGUCGCAGGACGUAGCGUCAAAAUCCCUGUCAGGAUUGGAGUCCCUAGUGGACCAGAUCCCGUCGAUCGCGGAGGGCGGGCCGGGCGCGGGCGCGGGCCCCGGUCCCGCGCCGGGCCCCGGGCCCGCGGAGCCCCCGCAGCCGCAGCCGGUGUCGGCGCUCUCGGACUACGCGCCUGCGCUCUACGGGCCCUACGGGUACGGCACCGCCGCCGCCUAUGGGAACAAUGGUUACGGCGCGCCGUUCGUGGGCUACGGGCCGGGCUGGGUGGCCGGCGGCACGGCCGUGAUGCGGCCCACGCCCGGCUACCUGUCCGACUGGCAGUACGGCUACGGCGCCGCCGUCGCUCCCGCCUACAGCCCCUACAACUCCUACUACAACGGCUACUCCGCGCCGCCCGCCGCUCACCACCAGCAGAGCCACUACCUGUCGGCGCCUCCCUUGAUCGACCUGCACAAGAACGGUGAGCACGCGCCCGCCGUGCCCGCCGUGCCCUCCGUGCCCUCCGUCGGCUUCGGGGGGUUCUGUUAGCGGAGGGGGCUUUGAAAUGCGACAGAUUUAACGGUGUACACGUCCAGACUUCCUGUGUUCUGAGUUGACUUUUUGAUAUCUAGUAGUGUAUUUAACUAUCCAAACAAAUUCGACACCGUGGAGCGCUUCCCGAGUUUGAUGUCUUACAUGGUUCUGAUAACGAGGGGGCGUGAAGUUAGCCAAAAAUAUGUGACAGAUACGAGUUACAGAGAUUUCGUUUUAUUGAUGUGUCACGGACGACUGGUUGUGAAGGGGGUUAUUUCACUACUAGAGACGGUUACCGCGCCACGAGUUAAGGUGACUUACGGAAAUCAUAAAAAAGCACAAGGGAAAUGAUUCUUAAAUUAUAAUUUCUGAACUUCCCGUUUUUUACAAGUCUUAGAACCGAAGAGGAAAUGUUUGAUACCCGUAUCAUUUCAUAGGAAAGGAUGGCGGUAUUGUGCAGGUAAAGAUAAAGGAGGUCCCUGGUGGACUGCUGGUAACAAAAAGAGUGUGAACUGAGGAUAUGAUAAUAUAGUUAAGUCUACGAUUGUGAAUGAAAAAUGCAUCAGAUAUUUGGUCCGAAAUAAAGACAGAAGGACAUUCUCGCAGGGGUUCGUUCAAUUCUAUGAACUCGCUGGUCCAGUUUUCUAAUGCCGAAAAUAUUAGGUAAAAAUAUUGUUUAUUUUCCUUGAAAAAUGGCUUAAGAAAGUGAUAACUAAAAAUAUACCAUUCAAUACACGAUAUUGAUUAAUAAAAACUACCGCGCAAUAUGUAGGUUUUAAUUGUGAAUAGUUUGGAAUUUUGUAAGGUAGAAUCGUCGAUAAAUAUCGUCCACAUAGAGCGCGGGAAAUCUUCGGAAUGAGAGAGUGAGCGGGCGCGCGUCAGUGUGGACGUAGCAUUACAGCCGGGAGGGCCUUUAGUCUAGUAAUCGUUUGGAACCGAGCUUAAUUUGUAGGGUUUAUUUGUAAAUAUUGUGCGAGUGAGGCGGCGGGCGGGCGGAGGACCCGUGUUACAAUGUUGACAAAUUAUUUCCAUUGUUGACAAGAAAGAGGGGACGACUAUUAUGGAUGAAAUGAUUGAGUGAAGUCCCUGGUGAACUUCUGUUCAAAAUCGGGUGUAUAAUAUAUGAUACAUAUAAGGAUAUGAUAAUAUAGUUACGUCUAACAUUUAGAGAGAAUAUGUGUCGUAAGUUCGAGAAAUAUUAAGUCUAAAAUAAAGAUCAAUGACAACGUAUGAAUGUUUGCAACGAAGUAUUGUGGAGCUAUUGGUCUUCUUAUCAAAAGUUUUGCAUUGAAUAGGUAUAUUUUUAUUUCAAUUAUGUCUUGUGAAAAUGUUUUUCCUGAACUAACAAUCAACAUUUGUGUCAUGCAUUUCAUCGAGAUAAUGAACAGCACCAAUAUUUUUUUCAUGAUGAAAAUCAUGUGAGACAGUUGUAAAAAUGUUUUGCCAACAUUGUGAGACGUGUGUAUGUUCGUCUGUGAUCUCGGCUCGGAGCGUACUCUUGCCAAGCGUUUCGUUCUAGUCACUUACUAAUUCGUGUCGGCUAGUCAAAUCAAAUUCUUAAAAAAAAACCGCGCGCCCGCUCAGUCGCCAUCUUAGUCAGAACGGCCUAUGUACGAUUUCGUUAGUUUAGUUGUCGUCACUUUAUAAAUUUUAGCAUUUUUUCAAAAACCAAGUUAACUUUGCACUCGGUUUGCAUGGAGAGUCGUAGAAAGCGAGCGCAAAUUUAGCGUGGUCGUAUCGCUAAGUCGCCAUGGAGACCCUGCAUUUUGGACGUUUGUGAACGAAAUGGCGAAUACGCGGAGUGACAUAUAAUGUGUGUGUAUAAUUAUAUGACAACUGUUAUAGAUAAAUUUUUGGAAUAAUUAAUUUUUGCAUUUUGUUUUACACUACUUUUAUUAGUUUUUUAAUGAAAUUCUUAUGAUUAUUUACAAUAAAUAUUGAUUGAAUCUAUCAUCAUGUGUAGAAUUUUAAGUUCACAUUUUCACAGCGUAAUGGAACAAAUGUUGUUUGCAGUAGUCAUUUAGUGAACGGGUGUCAGUCCCCGCAGUCGUCAUCUCGCGCGCGGAUGGUUUUGACUUGUUACCGAUCGUUUACAUAGCUUCGGAUCGCUAGUGAUAGCAUAAUUUACUUAAGAUUACUAUAAACUAUAUUUUUUAUUACGCCAUGUACUAUAGGCCGAGCGUCGCUUCGCACUAAGUUAAUUUAAGUCUAUAGGAUGUUGACAAAAUGUUUAGAACACAGAUGUAUAAUUAAUAUACGUAUAUGGACAUUUCUGCUGCGAUUGUAUAUAAUUAUACUUCUGUACCCUAAAUAUUAUGUGCGUUGGUAACAUUUUUGUUUCCAUUUUUGAUGGUCGUGUAAAGUUUCCGAUAAUUCUUGUACAAAAUUGUUUUAAAACUAGUGAAAUUGAAUACAUUUUCUUUGCACAAACGUGAAAACAAAUCUUAAUGUAGGCUAAAACGAAAUAACAUACGUAAUAAAGACAUAUACGUUAAUGAUAGGGUUAAUUGAAAGAAUUUAUAUGUAGGAUGGAUCACAGCGGGGUCGUGUCGGCCGGUCGUGCUCAACUGCGCAAUGGGAGGGUUCUCGGACUCGCAACCACUAACACUAAACUAAACACAUUUAUACAUAUUUAUGUAUUACUUAGAAAAUCAGGGCUAGAUAGAUCCAAACUUGCUUUGUAAUGUACUAUAUCAAUAGAUUACGAUUCGAAGUGAUCUUUUUUUUCAAAAAUGAGUCGAGCAUAAUAUUCUCGUGUUGCUGUUGGGGGUCCGCGGAGUCGCCGGACACUCGCGUCGCCUGCAAUAUUCAGGGACGAUCUGUUUCGAAUGUAUUAUUUCUAAUUUAGUCUUUAUUAUAACAUCUAGAUAAUCUCAAUUCUUAAGGCGUUCGCUUGCGUUUCGAAAAUAUUUGUUUAAAUGAAAUCAACAGGGUAUAAGAUCGCUUAGGAUUUUUAUUUUAUAUUUAUUAUUAUUAUGUAUCGGUGCGUUGCGCAGGCGCACUGUUUGUGUUACUUACGGCCGGAUUCCAAAGCAUUUUGGGUAAUUACAUCCUCAAGUUUGAAACUGUUUCUAUCACUCUUACCUAGAGAGAAAGAGACUAACAUUUAAGGAUCUCUUCGCAUGAAAUGCUUUUAAAUUUUCGACCGCCAAUGGUAGAAUGAUGCGGUCCGGACCGCCGGACCAAAUCAAAUCAAUGUUGACGGACGACCGCCGCGCGCGGAUAUAUAAUUGUUUAUGACUAAAUGCGUGAUUGUCAUGUAUCGUGACUGAUUGUGUGUCCGACCGGCCUCCGAUUCGAGUUACGAUUCGUAUCGAAUCGGCGCCGGACCGGAGCCGCCGCGCUGGUCGUCCGGAUGCGUUCGUCGCAUGUUAACACUUGCCUUUGUAUAUAAUGAGUGCUUUAUUACGCUUUUUUGAUAUUAUAUUUUAUUUAAAAAAUAACUACAUUAUUUCUAUAUUUUUGCUUUUGUACAAUAAUCUAAUGUUUUAUGUGUAUAUUGUAUGUGAUUUUGUUUUAAAUAUUCUUUUUGACCGCGCGGCCCUCGAUCACCUUGUGUUUAGGAGCUGUUUUCAGUCUGUGAUAUAAUUAUCUCAUCUGAACGUUGGUUCUGUGGUACUUAAUCUAUUAAUUAAUUAGUUUCUUGGUGAUUCGCUCGCGGGCAACUUCGUUAUUAAGUUAUGUGCGACCGAAUGGUGAAAACUAAACGCCAACUGUUAGCUGUGAUCAGUUUGAUGGUUUAGUGUAAGGUGUCGAUCGCCGCGCGGGCUCGCGUGUGGCGACUAACAAAUGCCAGUUUUUUCAAUUACGGUUCGAUAAAUUUCCCUUGCAAUGUUCCUGAACAGGUUUCCACAUUGUCACUGUCAAGAAAAGCUGUUUUUUUUUUAAGUCUCCUACGCUUCAGCUUUUUUUUGUCACUUUUUAGGGGUAGUAUCGGGUUGCUGGAGUCAGGUCAUAGCACAUUUCUACCCACACGGCAAGAUUAGAUAUAUGUUUGCUAUGACCUUUAGCUUACCAUCAGACAAACCGCAUGCUCGCUAAAAGCUGGAUGUACAAUAGAUAUACCUAUCCUUGUCAUAACUGGUAUUAAGUCUGCCACACGCUUUUGAUCGAAAUAUGGCCUAUAAACUGCUGCCACUACUUAAACGAUUCUAAAAUGAUGCCGGCCACGGUUCCCUUUUAAACACCCUGUGUAGUUUAGACAAUUUCAUGAAUUUUGGUACAGUGUUGUUGUUGUCUCCUUAUUUUUUGACGUAGGGUACAAUAUAAGUAAUUGAUAUCAUUAAAUUUAGCUUACCAUGUCAAAUAGUCGCAAUUAUUAUAGGCAUAUGAAUAGUUUAAUAUCUUAUCCCGAAUUCAAGAGACAAGUACUUAAAUUUGUUGUUACGCUGUUUGGUGAAUUUGUCAUAAUACAGCUCAGUUUAUUUACAAAAUAAUUUAUAGUUGUAGAAUAAAACAUCACAAAGGCAAAGGUGUUUGCCAUUCGUAUCUAGAUCAUUUUAAUUGUUACAUGGUUGAAUAAGUAAUAACGUGGUACUUACAUACAUCUUUUACGUAUUGACUCCUCGUGUUCUUAGUAAAUAAUCCUGAUAUUAUUUUUAUCCUUCGUAAAUGUUACUCUUGAACCGUAGUCGUCAACGUAACAGAAUCGUAUUACGCCGGUGCUAGAGAGCCUGUAUGUGUGUGUGAUGUGUGUACGUGACGUCAUCGACACACACACACACACACACACACAUGUAGAACUGUACAGUUGCGCAGUAGAAACUUAUGGGAAUUCAUUUAUAGAAAUUUAUAGUUUUCACACAUCAAUUUACAUAGGGUUUAGUUACAUUAAAUAUUGCGAAUAUCGUAAAUAAUUGGGCAUAAAAUAUUUGACAGAUUGCUAAACACUGGGACAAUUUGACGGAACGAAUAGCUGUCUAAAGAUGUGAUUAGUUUUAAGAUUGCGUAUUUAUUUGUAGGGUUCAUAGGUUUGAUAGGUUUAGGAGGUCCCAGGGUUAAGCCAACUGAUUGAAAUAAAUCAAAUUAUCAUAACAUAAAUAUAAUUAUAUAAACCUGCAGCACAAAUACUCAUUUUGUGUUUGUUGAAUAUAUUGUACAUACUUUUCUAUUAAAACCUAAUAUUAAAUGGAAUUGAAAUGAAAGGUAAUGAAAUGUAAGUAAUUCCCGCUGGUUCCCAUAAGGUUCCGUUUGCGCAGACUUUCGCUUAGUUGUAUUUGAUUAGUUCUCGAAUAAUGACGGCCAAUAUUCAACGGAGUGCAAUUUCGAGGUUGGGCGUUCUGUCCCCUAUUCGUACUUAAUACCACUUGGGGUGGGAAGUUUUGUUUUCAACAUAUGGAUGUCUUUCACGCGGACGCAGAACUCUAAAAAAGUGAAAAAAGUGUUCGCUUUUUUAUUAGAAACUCGUUUUAAUUAGCCAUCUAAUUUAAAUAUCCACAUUGUACGGCUUGGUCCAAAAGUGUAAAGAAUAAACGAUGUUUUGGUUACUAUACUAUCACAUCAAUAGUAAAAUUCUGUCCAAUCGAAAUAAACUUAAUAUGGUAUCUAAUAAUUGAUAUAGUUUACUCUCGAAGAUAUAUUACAUUGUAUCGACCAUCCCUCUCUUGUCUGUUAAGCCGUACUUUGUAGCUUAACUCGGUAAAUUAAAUUUAACACAAACAAAACAGUCAUUCUUUGUGUUGUCUCGUUCUUUCAAUAUCAAAUACUGAAAAGAUAGAUAGGGACAAAACAAUGAUAUUCUUUCAAGCUUAAUUAAUUUUUUUUUAAUAAAGUUUGCGGUUUAGUCACAGAUAAUGAUUCAGAAAGCUGGGUUAUACAUACUUCAAAUAUUGCCAUUAUAUCGUCCAUGUGUUCUAGAAAAAACUUCAAAAUCUUUUUUGUUUAUAAUUUGACGUCGUAGCGAGUUGUAUUGACACAGACCGAAUGUCAACAAGUGACUUUCCUAUCGGGUGCAUAGCGAUAACGUAACAUUAAGCGGUCGGGGGCGGACUAAACUUAGAUGCUAGUGUUAAACUUGCACGCGGCGGUCACACUCGGCGCCUUAUGUCGGCUCCGUGUGAUUAUGUCGAAAGAUGUGUUAAAAUUAUUUUGUUACAAAUAUUGCAGUUACUACAAGCUAACAGCUCUGUUUUUAUACAAUCUGUAUAGCGUGUCUGUCUAUGUAGGAAUGACGAGCCACAUGACGCAUAUGAAAGUAAAUAAAUAAUUAUUUAUUGCGGAAAUAAUUCAUAGUACAUGAAUCAUUUACGAAAUUAAACAUUUAUUAAUGUUUCUAAUUGCGGUAGUGAGGUUGUGCGCCCAUUCAAGAUAAAAAAAUUACUUGAUUUUUCUAUGAGAUACUCACUGUGUUUUAUUUGUUACUGAUAAAAUUCAAAUUAGAUGUGUAGUACGACGUCGAGCGCGGCCACUGCGCCUCUAGCUUAAGUCUUUAUCAACGAGUUAGUGUAAGAGCCUAGGGUCGACCAGUGUUUGCAUUGAGUCGCUCAACUGUAUAGUAUGUAUAUUUUUGUAAAAUUCACUUAACUUGUGGCAAUAUAUGGAAUUUUUAAAUCUCUAAUAUUAAUACUAGUACAAUUAUUGUUAAACAGUCGCGAUCCGACUUGGCCGCGAUGUCGCAGAGGUGUAUCCGUUGUUAGCCGGGGAGCUUGUGUCCGAUUUUAUAUCCGAGUUUGUUAGACUUUAAAGGUCAAUUCUGUUUUAUCUAGCAGACUGUUUAAGCAAAACACUCAAUGAUUUUAAGUGCAGUGAUUGCGUGUUUCGCUUAUAGUAAAUGAACAAUAUGCUAUUGAUGUUUAAGAGUAAUUUAGAUUCUGUUUUUAAGCUCAAAUGUAUGGUUGUACGACUCACGCCGCACUGACGUCGGGUACUGCCGGCGCUCCGCCAUCUUGAAACUCUGAUCUGAUCCCAUAUUAUUAUGUGUAACGCCUGGAAUAUUUAAUUCAUUAAGUAAUUUUUGUUCUCUUGUAGAUAUAAUUAGUCUGUGAGCUUUUGGAAAAUUAUUUAAAUUUUCUGUUUAAUUUCCAAACGGAUUCGUGUCGAUACUACAAAUUUGGAUCGAAUCAGUCUCAUUUCGUCUCUGUCACGAUCGAAGCAUUUGAAUGAGAAAUAGACCAGCAUUUUACACGUUUAUAUCGUGUUAAUGUAUUCUCGUGGCGGAGCGGCAUGGUCGGCAGUAGAGUCGUAUGAUAUCGCGCGCUCGCGCACCGCUUGGUUGUGAAUAGUGUCGCCUCACAGUCCGUCGAGACUCAGCAGUAUUGUCGUGCCAAAUCGACGCUGGAAGUGUUGAGCAAUAACCUCGUAUAGUCUCGAAUAGCAAUAAUUCGGCCCUGGCCGGUUCGCCUCUCUAAUCUCAAAUUGUUUCACCAAAAUCAUAUUCAAUCAUCUUAACUUUUUGUACUGAAUUUUAAAGUAGUGAUAUUACCGAUUUCUAGUUAGUGUAAUGUUUUUCUUACAUUCUUUUAUUAUUUAUUACCCAUAGUUUACAUAACAUUUUGAAGUACAUGUUAAAUUUGUGCAUAAGUAUUGUUUUACACCGCGCUGUACGUUGUAGACCGAUUGCGGUCGGUCUUAGCUCAAUUUUAUUGAUACUUAAUUAUUAGCUAUUGUACUUGCUUGUUAACCGUUAAUCUAGUUGUUUCGCCCUGGCCGUCCGUAUUCACCUUCUAUACAUACAUCAUAUCGUGUUAAUAAAUUAUUUUAUUACUCCUCUGUAGCUUUUCCUAAAUAUCAACUUCCAGAUAACGGUCAAUACUGAACAUCUUUCACUCUUAUAUGGCUGUCCCAUUAAGAUGCGUGAGAGUGUGACAGCAGUAUCAAUCAGCAUUUGAAAUGAUCAUUAUAGACACAUUACAGCGGUGGUGUCGGCGGCCAGGGUCUCCCUGCAUCCUACUCAGACAACUCGCAUUUCAUUACGGUGCUUGUUUCUGUCGGGGACGGCGCGCGCGAGGCGGCCAUAGACAACGCAAACAAAAUGGCCGUCUGUCAAUUACACUAGCGCGGCGCCAUGUCCCCGCGUUGCGCGUUAUAAAGUACAAUUUAUUAUAUGUAUAACUUACUCUAUUAUUAAUUAAUUAAUGAUUAUACAAUAUUGUCACUGUUGAGCGAUGUCGCGCGUCCCAAUCGACCGGGGGUUCGUGUGUCCGAUUAUAUUUACGCUAGCGGUAAACUAAAGUUGAUAUGUUUGUACAGUUUUUAACGAUACUUCUCGUAGUAUUUUAAGCAAAAAAUAUUUUUUAGUAUAAUAAGAUCUAAUCGAAUUACAUUUUAGUGUAUCAUAAUGAAGUAAACGUUUUCAACAUUUCAUUUUUAACUUUGUAUGGUCCUUGGUUUAUUUAAAUUAAAUAUUAAUGUCUUGUCUGAAACUGACUACGUGGAUUGUAAUUAGAGAUAACAGGAAAUUUUAAAUAAUGAAAUACAACAUAAUAAUGGUUAAGUAAUGUAUUAUAAAUAGAAGUAAGGUAAAAAGUUAUUAACAUUGUAUGGAAAAAUUUGUGACAAAAUUAUAGUCAUUUGUAAUAUUA